AUGUCAUACAGCAAUAGUAAUAAUAGAGGCGAUAGUAGCAGUAGUGGUUUUUCAGAUAGUAGAGGUGGUGGUGGUGAUUACAAACCAUCUUCCUCCUCUUCGGGUGGCGGUUAUAGAAGAUACGACGAUAAUAGAGGCGGAAGUGGUGAUUCAAGAGACUAUAAAUCAAGCUAUAAUAGCGGUAGAAGCGGUGGCGAUAGAAAUAGUAGUUAUAAUAAAGAUAGAACCUAUAACAAAGAUAAUAGGGAUUAUAAAAAAGAUAGUGGUAGUAAAGAUUAUAAGAGUAGAGAUUAUAAUGGAAAUAGCGGUGGUGGUAAUAGAGAUUAUAGAAAUAAUAGUAAUGGUUAUAAUAAUAGUGGUAGUAGCAAUAAUAAUAGUAAUGGCUAUAAUAAAGGAAGUAUAGGUUAUGCACAAAACAAUAGUGGUUAUGUUGGAAAAAACAGUUAUGGUUAUAACAAUAGUAAUAAUACAAAAAAUGAUCAAUUUGGUUCGGCAUUAACAGAUUUAAAAUGGGAUCUUUCAAAAUUACAAAGAUUUGAAAAGAACUUUUAUCAUGAAAAUGAAGAACUUACAAGAACUAGCGAUGAGGAGAUCGAAGAAUUUAGAGAAUCAUGUAUGAUGACAGUCAAAGGUAGAGAUAUUCCAAAACCAAUUAUCCAUUUCAAUCAAGCACCAUUCCCAAACUAUUUAAUGAAAGAAAUUAUGGCUGCAGGAUUCCCAAAUCCAACCCCAAUUCAAUCUCAAGCAUGGCCAAUCGCAUUAAAGGGUCGUGAUAUUAUUGGUUUAGCUAAAACUGGUUCAGGUAAGACAUUGGCUUUCCUUUUACCAUCAAUUGUUCAUAUUAAUGCACAACCAACUCUUAAACCAGGUGAUGGCCCUAUCGUUUUAGUAUUGGCUCCAACCAGAGAGUUGGCACUUCAAAUUCAAGAGCAAGCUAGAAAGUUUGGCGGCACAAGUCAAAUUUCAAAUGUUUGUGUUUAUGGAGGUGCUUCAAAACAUAGCCAAGUUAUGAUGCUCAAAAAAGGUGUUGAAAUUGUUAUCGCUACUCCAGGUCGUCUUAUCGAUAUUUUAACAAGCGGUGAUACUAAUCUCCGUCGUGUUACCUAUUUAGUAUUGGAUGAAGCCGAUCGUAUGUUGGAUAUGGGUUUUGAACCACAAAUCCGUAAGAUUUUAAGUCAAAUUCGUCCAGAUCGUCAAACAUUAAUGUUUUCAGCCACAUGGCCUAAAGAAGUCCAAUCAUUAGCUAAUGAUUUCCUUUCAGAUCACAUUCAAGUACACAUUGGUAGCAGUGAAUUAACUGCCAAUCAUAAUGUUAAUCAAAUUGUAGAGGUAUGUAGCGAAUAUGAAAAAAAAGAACGUUUAUUCAAGUUUUUAGAGGCCAAUGUUUCAAAAGAUGAUAAAGUUAUCAUUUUUGCUGAAACUAGAAAAGGUGUAGAUGAGCUUCAUCGUAGUUUGCAAUCUGCUGGUUUUAAAUCAAUUGGUAUCCAUGGUAAUAAAUCACAACCCGAAAGAGAUUUUGUAUUAUCACAAUUCAAAAACGGUAUUUUCCCAAUUAUGAUUGCUACUGAUUUAGCAUCGCGUGGUUUAGAUGUCAAAGAUAUUAAAUUUGUUGUAAAUUAUGAUUUCCCAAACACAAUCGAAACUUAUGUCCAUCGUAUUGGUAGAACUGCAAGAGCUGGUGCCACUGGAACAUCAAUCAGUUUCCUUACAAGGGAAAACGCCCGUUUAGCAAAUGACCUCAUCAAAGUUUUGUCAGAAGCAAAACAAAUAUAUUCCAGUUGA